AUGCGUCUUCUCUCUCCUUCAAUCCAUUCCGACAAAACAAAAUCCAUCUGUUAUAUUCCUCAUCACGCAGUUUGGCGAAAUGCAGAUGGUCAAAACAAAGUUCGCGUAGUCUUUAACGCAUCAGAUAGAACCUCAUCGGGUAUAAAAUUGAAUCAAAUAUUUUAUACAGGCCCGAAACUGCAAAAUAAUCUCUCAACAGUACUGAUGCGAUGGAGACUUCAUCGAGUGGUAUUUUCUGCAGACAUCGAAAUGAUGUAUCGUCAGAUUCUGGUGGAGGAAAGAGACAUUGACCUUCAGCGCAUUGUUUGGCAGCAACCAGGUCUUGAGGAUGUUGAUCACUUCCAACUCCUUACUUUAACAUAUGGCACGUCCUGUGCCCCUUAUUUAGCCAUUAGGACAUUGCACCAGUUAGCUGCAGAUGAGGGACAGAAGUAUCCUAAAGCAGCAAAAGUUAUACGCGAUAAUAUUUAUGUCGAUGACAUAUUUACCGGAGAUAAUGAUGAGCUCUCAGCCAUUCAACUUCGUGAUGAAUUAAUUAGCCUCUUAAAAUCAGCCGGAAUGCAUUUGAAGAAAUGGGUUACCAAUUGCCCGUCCCUGUUAAGCAAUCUUCCCGAAGAUGACUGUCUGCGUCCAACCUGGUUGCAUUUUAAAACAGAAAAUCCCAUCACCGCCCUGGGAAUUGCAUGGGAUCCAAUCCACGACGAAUUUAGGUUCAGAGAACCAAUAAUUGAUCAAAGGAAUGUUCCCACGAAACGAAGAGUUUUAGCCGCAAUCUCUAAACUAUUUGACCCAGAUGGUUGGCUAAGCCCUGUCAUCAUCGUAACAAAGAUCCUAAUGCAGGAACUCUGGAAGGCUAAAAUUGAUUGGGAUACACCUCUCUCAAACCCACUGUUAAAAAAAUGGUCAUCAAUACAAUCUAGUUUAUUCGAAAUUAAAAAUAUUCGUCUUCCACGCUGGAUUCGCUUACGUCCUGGUGAUGAAGCCGAAAUUCACGGAUUUGGCGAUGCUAGCAAACAUGCUUUCGCUUCAGCUAUCUACAUCCGCGUGACCACACCAGAAGGAAAGCAUCAUUCGCAACUUUUAACAGCAAAGACUCGCGUCGCCCCUGUUAAAACCAUUACAAUUCCAAGGUUGGAAUUAUGCGCAGCCCAACUAACGGUUAAGUUGCUAAAUCAUGUGCUCACAGAAUUAGAAAUUUCUAUUAAAGCUGCCUACGCCUGGUCUGAUUCCCUUAAUGCGCUCAGUUGGAUAAAGGCAGAUGAUCCUUCACGAUGGCCAGUUUACGUCGCUAAUCGCGUGUCGUACAUCCAACGAAACCUUCCUAAGGCGUCUUGGCGGUAUACUCCAGGUAAAGAUAAUCCCGCUGACAUUGCUAGUCGCGGCGUGGAUGCUCGAUCUCUGAUCGAUUCGAAUUUGUGGUGGCAAGGCCCUGAUUGGCUUUCCAAAGACUCCACGACUUGGCCAACUUUUCCAAAAUCGCAGAUAAAACUAUCUAAAGAAACCAUCACGCCCUCGACCUCUCUUCAAAUCCUCCUUUUGCAUCAAGACAACGCUAUUAUAACUCGCUUUUCUAGUUUGACUCGUUUAUUAAGAGUUAUAGCUAGAUGUCUAAGAUUCCAACUUCUUUUAAAACCAACAUUAGAACGUACUGAACUCCUUCGACUGCGAUUAACUUCUGACGAAAUAAAUCAAGCGUUUCUCGCAUGCGUUUAUCUUAGUCAGAACUGUAGUUUUGAAAAGGAAUUGGAAAGCUUACGAAAAGGGAAUCGGCCGCGACAAAGUCCUCUUUUGCCAUUAAACCCUUUUAUCGAUCAAAAGGGGAUAUUGAGAGUUGGCGGCCGACUCACAAAUUCUUCUUUGCCUUAUGACCAUCGUCAUCCGGUUAUCUUGCACGGCAACAGCCCACUAGCAGAAUUAAUAAUCCAAUGGGCUCAUAAGACAGCCUUGCACGGUGGAUUCCAAUUAACUUACUCGCUCACUGUUAAGCGAGCAUGGAUCAUUCGCGGCCGAGUACGAGUCAAAGCUCACAUACGAAAAUGUGUGACAUGUGCCCGGCAAAGAGCUCAGCGAUCCGAGCAGCUAAUGGGAAAUCUUCCUUCUGAAAGAGUAACCGCCAGUUAUCCGUUUGAAAAAUUGGGCGUAGAUUAUACAGGUCCUUUCCCCAUCAAACGGACUACCGGCAGAGGUGCUCGAACUACUAAAGGUUAUGUAGCCUUGUUCGUAUGUCUAAGCUCGAAAGCUGUGCACCUCGAAGUGGUUGGGGAUCUUACUACACAAUCAUUUCUUGGUGCGCUCCAGCGUCUCAUCGGCCGUCGUGGAACACCUUGUGAAAUAUGGAGUGACAAUGCCACCACUUUUCACGGAGCCGAUGCAGAACUUCGUUGGAUGUUGCGUGACGCCAAUGUCGAUUGGAAUGUUGUUGAAGACACAUUAGCAAACCGAGGUAUAAAAUGGAAAUUCAUACCACCUUCAGCACCACACUUCGGCGGACUGUGGGAGGCCAACAUCAAAACAGCAAAGUCACACCUGAAGAAGACUAUUGGGACACGUCCUCUUACAUAUGAAGAGUUAUCCACAUUGGUUGUGGAAAUUGAAGCGUGUAUGAAUUCUCGCCCUUUGCUUCCAAUCACUGGUGAUCCUGAAGAUAUUGAUGCUCUCACCCCGAAUCACGCUUUACUUGGCAGAGCUCUGUAUUCAUUUCCUGAAGCAUUAACCAUAAAUGAGAAUUUGGACUACAUUACUCGUUGGCGUCUAGUUAAGGCAUUAAGGGACACUUUUUGGAAUAGAUGGUCUCGGGACUAUAUUCAUACACUACAGCAAAGAAAUAAAUGGGCAGUUAAGAAACAAAAUUUACAAACAAACGACUUAGUGCUAAUUCUCGAUUCCUCAUUGCUCAAAAGGGGAAGUUGGCCUCUUGGUAGAAUUAUCAAAGUCUUUCCUGGCAGUGAUGGGCUUGUUCGUUCUGCCUCUAUCCGCACUGCAUCUGGAAUAUACACUCGUCCCAUUGCAAAACUAUGCUUACUACCAACUACUAUGUAA